CGCCGCCAAAAAUAUUAUUCGUCCGUCCACGCCAAGGGCCCGGCAUCCAGACCUGUCGCCUUCCGUUUCGUUGUCGCUUCUUCACUUUGUCUCGCGCCCUUUCAAGAACAACGAAUUCUCCCAACUAGGAUACCCAACACAAGGUCACCAGGUACUUACUUUUAUUUGCUCUUUAGACCCUGUGCCUCUAGACCAACUUCUACGCAAACUUGUCUCAGCUGUUGCUUCCCCUCGGCAUCUGGCCGUCAAAGAACAACGAACUCUUUUCGACAUCCUCGCUGUCAACCCGCGAUCGUCAAGCUAACUUAUCGGCCCCUCUUUAAAGCCUUUCGAUAACCACAGACAGUGACACCACAGUCUAAUUCGAGCGCACCACCACCAUGACCGAACAACCCCCCGCGAAGAAGAAGUGCCUCGGCGCUGAUUGCGAAAACGAUGCCGGUUCCCUCCAAUGCCCCAAGUGCUUGAGCCUGGGUAUCAAGGGUAGCUUCUUCUGCUCCCAGGACUGCUUCAAGAAAAACUGGAACACCCACAAGGAGCUUCACAAGCUUGCCAGCCCCGAAACCUACAACCCUUUCCCUACCUUCAGCUACACCGGCCCUCUCCGCCCCGUCUACCCUCUUUCGCCAAAGCGCGUUGUCCCCAAGUCGAUCCCCCAUCCCGACUAUGCCGAGAGCGGUAUUCCCGGCGGCGGCCGUACAAGGUCCAACAAGAUUGAGCAGCUAGACGAGAAGGGUCGCGAAGGCAUGCGCAAGGUGUGCCGCCUCGCCCGUGAGGUUCUCGACAUCGCCGCUGCCGCCAUCCGCCCCGGCAUCACCACCGAUGAUCUCGACAAGAUCGUACACGAGGCCUGCAUUGAGCGCAACUCGUACCCCUCGCCAUUGAACUACAACUUCUUCCCCAAGUCGGUCUGCACAUCGCUCAACGAGGUCAUCUGCCACGGCAUCCCCGACAAGCGCGUCCUCCUCGACGGCGACAUCCUCAACCUCGACGUCACCCUCUACCACGAGGGCUACCACGGCGAUCUGAACGAGACAUACUACGUCGGCGACAAGGCCAAGGCCGACGCCGACUCGGUGCGCGUCGUUGAGACGGCCCGCGAGUGCUUGGAGGAGGCCAUCAAGCUGGUCAAGCCCGGCACCCUGUUCCGCGACUUUGGCAACGUGAUCGAGGCGCACGCCAAGAGCCGCGGCUGCAGCGUUAUCCGCACCUAUGUCGGCCACGGUAUCAACAAGACCUUCCACUGCCCGCCCAACAUCCCCCACUACGCUAAGAACAGGGCCGUCGGCGAGUGCAAGCCUGGAAUGACCUUCACUAUCGAACCCAUGAUUGCGCUGGGCAAGUACCGCGAUGUUACCUGGCCCGACAACUGGACCUCCACCACCAUUGAUGGCAAGAGGACCGCUCAGUUUGAGCACACCCUCCUUGUCACCGAAACCGGUGUUGAGAUUUUGACGGCGCGCACGGCUGACUCUCCUGGCGGCCCGGUACCCAUGCCUACCGCCGCUGCUUGAGUUUGGUCGGACGCUAAAAAGUAAGGUGUGCAUCGUUAUUGGAACAAAAAAAAAAGGCGUUUAAAGGGGAUAAUGUUGUGGUAUAGACUUGUGCCGUAGCGUUCAAUGCCUGAGUUGAUACCCGGAGACAUUUAAACGGGAAACCCAAAGCCAUGGUCAGAUCUAUCAACAUAAUGAUCUCACAAUCGCAGAGCUAGAGGCACGUUACAUAUAUAAGGUUCGCGCAAAGAACAAGUGUCUGGACGGAUAUUCUGGAAGAUUCUUAAUCGAGAGGAGCGGGAUUUGGGAUCCUCACUUCAAGGCGGACUCGGCGGUAGACUCGGCGGGUUGUGGAGAACCGGGCCCGGAGCUCUCUAUCUCUCUCUGUCUUCCCCAAAAGCUGUUUGAGAUUGUAAAUGCUUGGAUAGAGUAUAGACAAUGCCUAAUGUUUCACCAUAUUUGAGGCUAAUACUCAUCACUUCGGUAGUCAACUGGAGCCAUGAGGACUUGGG